AUGUCCCAACUUCCUUCUGCUCUUGGUUUAGUUGAAAACAAGAGACAGGAAAGCAUUGUUAUCAAGGAUGAUAUGAGCUCACUCGAGCACAAUGAAGCUGAUAAGAGUGAGGAUGGAUCGCCCUGGCAACGCAUUAAAUGGACUGCAAAAAGCGUGAAGCUUUUGAUUACUAUUCUUUCUUACAUCGGGGAGGAUCCCUCCACCGAUUGCACUGGUAGUCGGAUGAAAAUGUCUUCUCUUUUGAGGAAACAAGGAAAAUGGAAGUGCGUUUCGAAGGUCAUGGCUGAUCGGGGGUACCAUGUAUCUCCUCAACAAUGUGAAGACAAGUUCAAUAAUUUGAACAAAACAUAUAGGAGACUGAAUGAUUUACUGGGGAGAGGCACUUCUUGCAAGGUUGUUGAGAACCCUAAGUUUUUGGACAUAAUAGAUGUGUCCGAGGAGGGGAAGGAAGAUGCAAGAAAACUUUUGACUUCGAAACAUUUGUUUUUCGAAGAGAUGUGUUCGUAUCAUAAUGCCAAUCGAAUGUAUCUGCCUCAUGAUCAAGAUUUGCUGCAGUCUUUGCUGUUUAAUCUGAAGAACGAAGAUGACCACAAGCUUCUUGGCUCAUGUCAAACCGUCCUUGAUGGUGCUGAUGAAAAUGCUGGAGUUCUUGUUGAAGUUGAUACGGCUAAGGAUAAUGGGGCAAUUUCAGAUUCUCAACCACUGCAUAAUGCAACUCAUCAGAAUCUUACUUGCCAUGAAGAAAAUGAAGUAGAUGGACAGCAGAAUCAAUUGAUGGCACAUCGGACGUACCGGCUAGAGAAGCGAAAGUUACAGCUGAAGUCCAAGUUGCUCAACUUAGAGAAGCAGAGCUUAAAGUGGAAGCGUCGAAGCUGGAAACAGGACCUGAAGCUGGACAAGAUGAGACAGAGAAACAAGCGUCUGAAACUUGGAAACGAAUGCAUAACAAUGCUACUUACGCGCAAAAGAACGGAUCUCGAAAGGGCUUAA